UUUACUUACAGUACAUCUAUCAUACAUCUGAAUGUUGUUGGUGAGAUCCAUCUCACCCGGGAGGAAUGGCCAGUGAAGUAAGCGAUCUUCAAAAGAACCUGCUCAGUGCUCUACUGGAUAGCGGCAUUAGCAGAGAUGUCCUCGUCGUCACCAUCGACGCGCUUCUUGCACAACGACAAGAAAAAGAAAUCGCGAAUACAGUCAAUCAAGUGGAACAACAAUGCAAGCAAGAACCUAUGAGCCGUGCGAUAUUGUUGUCAGAGAGCUGCUCUUCUGGCGGAGAAAGCCCCAGAGAUUAUUCCCCAAGUGAGGAGAUCUCCGAGAGCUCACCAAGUCCCGUGGUAAAUCGCGGUUCUGUAGUUGACCAUUUACUUCGAAUGGAUCCAUGGCAAGCAGCACGGGUGAUAAAAUCCUACAUGCAGCAACACAAUAUUCCUCAGAGAGAGACAGUCGAAUCAACAGGAUUGAAUCAGAGUCAUCUAUCGCAGCACCUCAAUAAGGGAACACCAAUGAAAAGCCAAAAGAGAGCCAUAUUAUACAGCUGGUUUGAAGUAAAACAGAAAGAAAUUGCACGGCAAUACAGCAACCCAGGAAAGAGAACGUAUUCGGACGACCUUGAAAGCCCUUCAAAGAAAUCAAGACGAAAUAGAUUCAAAUGGGGUCCUGCUUCGACAAACUUAUUAUACCACUCCUAUGAACAGCAGCGCAAUCCCUCAAAAGAAGAAAGAGAGACUUUGGUAAUCCAAUGUAAUAAAGCGGAGUGUGAACAAAGAGGAGUUCCCUACAGUAACGUGGAAGGGCUAGGACCCAAUCUAGUCACAGAGAGCAGAGUUUACAACUGGUUUGCAAACCGACGAAAGGAAGAAACAUUUCGAAUGAAACUCGCUAUCGAAGCAGCCAGCUCAGGCUUCCAGGAAUCGACUGGUCAAAAUCUCAGUUCACCAGUCACAACGCAAAUGUCAGUCAUCUCAUCCAAAAGUACCGUCGUAUCAAGCUCGUCGUCGCUAGGCCCACCAAACAUGCGAUCGCCUUUAUCUUCACCUGUGCAGUCGUGUUCUUCAUUCCAUGUUACUGAGAAUCAGAGCAUAACUACUGCUGCCACUGGGAGUGGAAGUCGAGAACAGGCACUGCCUAGUGUUGGGACACUGAUGCAAACCGCGUCAAAUGUCGAUAGCAACACGUUGGCUGGUCAUAGAAUGAUGCACGGGAUGCCUUCACAGGUCCCAGAACAUUCACCGAUGUUAUCAAACAACACCAUACCUGGUGGUCCUCCACAACUUUCCAUGACCAUCACUCCUAUCAGCACAAACCAGAUAGUAGGAUCAUGUGCGAGCCAAGCCAUGCAAGCAAUGGCAGGCCGCCACAUAUCCAUGCAUCCUAUCCCAAUCACUACGUUCCCUAACACUCCUUCAUCCAUGGUGUCUACCGAAGUAUCAAACUAUUUUCACCAAGGUAUCCUAGCAACGCCUAACUGUGGAGUCCCGAGUGUGACGGUGAGCCAUAUCGCGCAGGCGCAGUCUCCCAUAGUAACGGUACAACACCACCCGAACAACGCGAGAGGUAACGAGAGACAUGUCGUUCAUCAUCAUACUCGUCGUAAUGUCACGAAUACCCAGAGCCCAGUCAUUCAAACUACGAAGAGACAGACCAUUCAGGAUCCGUCUCAAGAGCAUGGCGCGAAGCAGAUCAACAGAAGCGGUAAUGUGAGCAACAAUGACGAAACUCCUGGGGUUAACGGCGAACACGUGAUUCAUCACGUGGUUCAAGCCAUUUCUGAGGACCACCUCGAUGAUAGUCCUGACCACGAUACUUUAACAGUACCAGAAGAUUCAGAAAAGCACCCUAAAACUGCGGAUGUCAUUGACGGGCUGGACGUGACAGUGAAAAUGGAGGUAAACGGAGAAAAUGUCGAAGAAGUGGUGGAUUCUAUCGGAGAAACAGUGACAAUAGAGACGACAGAGUCUUGUGAUAGCAGCCCUCUUAAAGACUCGCGAAAAGAGAGCGCGCGAUACGAGAUGGGAUUCUCGAAUAACGAAGCCGUGGUUGUCAGGGUGAAUGGUAGUCAUGGUGAUGAAAGAGGUUCAACGUCAUAUACGGAAAAAGGCGAAAAGCCAAAUGUUGGAAAAAUGAUCGCUUUUGACCAUGUAACUCUCUGGGUUGGGAAUGCUAAACAGGCUGCAUCAUUCUACUGCACACGUAUGGGCUUUGAACCAAUGGCAUACAAGGGGCUAGAGACUGGCUCAAGAGAGGAAGUUUCGCAUGCUGUCAGACAAGAUAAGAUUAUCUUUGUUUUGAAGUCUGCUCUGGUUCCCAAUAAUGAAGUCACUGAAGCCAUGGGAAAGCAUCUUACUUUUCAUGGUGAUGGUGUGAAAGAUGUUGCUUUUGAAGUGGAAGAUUGUAUUGGUCUGUACAAGGAAUCAGUAAAACGAGGAGCAAAAUCAGUGAAAGAGCCUUGGGAGGAAAGUGAUGAAAACGGCACAGUUACCUUUGCAACUGUUCAAACUUAUGGUGAUGUGACGCAUACUUUUGUUGAGAGAAAGAACUACACUGGCCUAUUCCUGCCCGGCUACAAACCUCCUCUGUAUCAAGACAAACUACUGGCCAAAUUGCCUCAAAGCAAAUUGAAUUUUAUUGACCAUAUUGUUGGAAACCAGCCAAAUGACCAAAUGGUUCCUGUUGCUGAUUGGUAUGAAAAAAGUUUGCAGUUUCACAGGUUUUGGUCUGUUGAUGAUAAACAGAUACACACAGAAUACAGUGCACUGCGGUCUAUUGUUGUCACCAACUAUGAAGAAACCAUCAAGAUGCCCCUCAAUGAACCAGCUCCAGGAAAAAGAAAAAGUCAAAUCCAGGAAUAUAUAGACUAUUAUGGAAGUGCAGGAGUUCAGCAUAUAGCAUUGAACACAUCAGACAUCAUAACAACAGUGACCAAUUUGAAGGAACGUGGGAUGGUCUUCUUGUCUAUUCCUGACAAGUACUAUGAUAACCUGAGAGAAAGGCUCAAGACAGCAAACAUAACAGUCAAACAGUCCUUGGAUGUGCUUCAGCAACUAAAAAUCCUGGUAGACUUUGAUGAACAUGGCUACCUGUUACAGAUCUUUACAAAACCAGUACAAGACAGACCAACUUUGUUCCUUGAAGUGAUAGAGAGACACAACCAUACAGGUUUUGGAGUUGGGAAUUUCAAAGCUCUUUUUGAAUCCAUUGAAGCUGACCAAAGGCAACGUGGGAAUUAAUAGAAGCAAAACAUUAAAUCUAUAGAACACACCACAGGUAGCAUCCUCCAGGAUUCAAAAAUAGAAUUUAAUGAUCUCAUAAGAUAAUCUAAGGUUAGGAUAAAAAUGGAGUUAGGCAGAACACAAACGUUGAACUAUACAUGAACCAACCCUAAUGACAUAAAAGAAGACCACCGUCUUAUCCAUCGUUUUCAACGCAUAUGGCUCAUGUGAAGUUUCACGUUUCAUAAGUAGAUUUUUAAAGGGUUUUAACUCUCUAAGAGGUUAAACAUGGCUAAUUUUUCUUGGACCGCUACACCCCUUAAACUCUUCUAAAACUAAUAUAAAUGUGUGUCCUUUGAGUGUGAUUGACAUAUAUUGUCUAUUCAUUUCACUGUAAGCAUAGCUUUAACAUAUACCUAUAACCAGUUUGCUAUACUUUUUUUAGGAUUCAGAGGCGACAUUUUAUUUACAGUGCAACUGCUAUAACUAGGGACACUAAGACAGUGAGAACCAAUAACAUUGUAGAAUAAAAACAAUACAUUCCAACUUUGAGUAGUGGAGCCAAUCAGAAAGCAGCAGACAACAAUAGCUUUUCAACAUAUCUUUUUAUUCCCACGAGAAAAUGACGAUGGCUAUCAUGGUCAAAUUACGAUUCUCGUGCAGCCUAGAUUUCUGAUUAGCUCCACUACCCAAAGAUGGAAUGCAUUGUUUUCAUUCUACAUAUUAUCAUCUUGUCUUAUCUUGUCCAACUGGUCUAAGUGGCCCAUGUUACAGUAGAGUGCGUUCAGUCAAACUGUCGAAUAGUUGACGUCACCUAAAUUAGAUAAGUUAGUUACUAUUUUAGCUGACGUCACCUAAAUUUGAAACUACGAGUAAACAGCUACUGAGAUCAGGGGGAGAAAUGUUGGU